AUGUAUAAGAGUCCGGGGCCUUGCUAUUCGCUGCCCCAGUUAAUCGGGACAACCAAUCACGAUCCGAGAAGCAAUCACGUGAAGGGUCCAGCUUAUCCUAUUGUGGGUAGGGCUAUGAAGAUCAGUGCUCCAACGAGUCCCGGCCCAUGUUACUACCCCGCUCCCAAUAUAGUCCGGACUGGCAGAUGUGCAUCUCCGACCUACACACUCCACUUCCGGCACAAGAUGGCCGCCAAUGAUUCCUCUCCCGGCCCGGCCCGCUACGAGGUGAGGUACUUGACCGACUCCAACAAACCCAACCCACCGUCGUUCACGUUCGGUCAGAAGCAUAGGUCUAAAUCUUUUGAUCAGUUUCCCGGGCCCUGCUCCUACAACAUCUCCGGAUUGGUAGGCAGCAAAUUAGUGAUGAGCCGUCAUAGCCAGUCCCCAAGUUACACGCUGCCAAGCAGACUAACGUACAGUGAAACUACAAAGCGAGAUGUUCCAGGUCCAGGUGCCUACACAAUUCCACCAAUCAACAAAUACCUGCCCCAAUCUCCAAUCAUCACCAUCGGAGCCAAAAAUCCUCACAAUCGCUCCUCCCGUCGCCACCGUCGCGACCUUGACCUUGAACCCCUUUCCGGUGGAUACCACGACCUACUUCCGGGUCCGGCGGCCUACAAGAGGGAGAACGUCUGGCUGAAUAAGAAGGAACCUCCGAGUUAUACGUUCGGCAUUAAGCACAGCGAAUAUGAAACUAAUUUCAUCCACGAUUCAGAUUUGGCUGUGUGA